AUGGAGAUCGGCACCUGUGAGGCCGAGGCCUCUGAGCAGUGGGAAUAUGUCCUCGUGGCCCAUCAUCGCACCCAGGGAGACCCCCGGCAAGAGCAGUUCCUGGAGGAGCUCAGGAGAAAGGGCUUCCGCACCAAGACGAUACAGGACCAGAAACGGGUCUUCUUUGGGAUCCGUGCUGACAACAGCAUCUUCGACCUGUACCGCACCCUCCUCCUGGAGCCCGAGGGGCCUGCCCCCCACGCCGAGCUGGCCGCGCCGACCCCCGUCCCGGUCACCACGAGUCUCAGAAUCCGAAUCGUGAACUUCGUUGUCAUGAAGACCAAGACCUCGGCUGGUGAGACCUUCGAGGAUCUGGAAAAGGACGGGGUCUUCGAGGCCAAGUUCCCCCUGCACAAGGGGGAGGAAUACCUGAAGAAGACGUGGGCAGGCUGGAGACACAUGUUCCGCGAGCAGCCAGUUGACGAGAUCAGCUUUGACAAUGACGGCACGGUGGUGUUCGCCAUCUUCAUGGCUCUCUGGGCCACGGUGUUCCUGGAGAUCUGGAAGCGGCAGCGUGCCCGCGUGGUCCUGCACUGGGACCUGUACACGUGGGACGAAGACCAGGAGGAAAUGGCACUUCAGCUCAUUAACUGCCCUGACUACAAGCUCCGGCCACACCAGCACUCCUACCUGCGCAGCACCGUCAUCCUCAUCCUGUCCCUGAUCAUGAUCUGCCUCAUGAUCGGCAUGGCCCACAUCCUGGUGGUCUACCGCGUCCUGGCCUCUGCACUCUUCAGCAGCUCGGCCCUGCCCUUCCUGGAGGAUCAGGUGACCACGGCAGUGGUGGUGACCGGAGCCCUGGUGCACUAUGUGACCAUCAGCAUCAUGACCAAGAUCAACAAGUACGUGGCCCUGAAGCUUUGUGACUUCGAGAUGCCCAGGACCCACUCGGAGCGAGAGAGCAGGUUCACCAUCCGCUUCUUCACCCUGCAGUUCUUCACCCAUUUCUCGUCUCUCAUCUAUAUCGCCUUCAUCCUGGGCAGGCACUGCCACGCCAGCGGCUGCAUGAUGGACCUGUUCGUGCAGAUGGCCAUCAUCAUGGGCCUGAAGCAGACACUCAGCAACUGCGCGGAGUACCUGGUCCCGUGGGUGAGCCACAAGUUCCGCUCUCUGCGGGCCUCCAAGGCCGGGCACCUGCCCCGGGACCCCGAGCUCAGGGACUGGCGGCGCAACUACCUUCUGAACUCUGUCAACAUCUUCAGCCUGUUCGACGAGUUCAUGGAGAUGAGUGCGUGGGCGCUGCGGGGCGGGGGUUCGAGACUAAUGCGGGGCGGGGGAUCAACGGCCACCCCGGGAAGUCCACGCGCCUGGCAGGCUUGUGGAAGCUGGAAGAGAACCAGUCGAGGGAGACGAGUCAGACCGCUUGUCCACUGCUCUGGCGCAGGGACCUGGCUGCAGGUGCUGGAGACCAUCGGUGUGCUGGCGGUCAUUGCCAACGGGUUGGUCAUCGCCUUCACAUCUGAGUUCAUCCCCCGCAUGGUCUACAAGUACCGCUAUAGCCCAUGCCUGAAAGAAGCCAACUCCACCGUCGACUGCCUCAAGGGCUACGUCAACCACAGCCUGUCCGUCUUCCACACCAAGGACUUCCAGGACCCGGAUAGGAUUGAGGGCUCAGAAAACGUGACUCUGUGCAGAUACAGGGACUACCGCAAUCCCCCCGAUUACAACUUCUCCGAGCAGUUCUGGUUCCUCCUGGCCAUCCGCCUGGCCUUCGUCAUCCUCUUUGAGCAUGUGGCUUUGUGCAUCAAGCUCAUUGCGGCCUGGUUCGUGCCCGACGUCCCUCAGUCAGUGAAGAACAAGGUUCUGGAGGUGAAGUACCAGAGGCUGCGUGAGAAGAUGUGGCAUGGAAGGCAGAGGCUGGGCGGGGUAGGGGCAGGCUCUCAGCCCCUGAUGCCCGCCGAUCCCACCCCAACCUCCAUCUUCAGUGCCAGAAGCACAGACGUGUAGGGCCAGAGCCCGUCUAGAGGCCACUAGGAGCUGAGACGGUGCCACCACCAGCACCUCCCACCAGCCCACCGCUAUGCGUGUUGAGGGGUGCUGUAAGAAGGCCAUGCCUAUGGGGGGCCACAGGAGUCCCCUGUAUGUUCAGGGCAUCUGGGAGCCGCCGGCCUGUUCCGCCUGCUCCGUCUUUGUGGGGGUUCUCAGGCUUGGCACAGACCUGACUUGAACUCUGGGUGAUUCCGGGCACCCACAGAACUGGGAGUAGGGGGCUCUUCAGGCAGCCACAAGGCAGGAAAACUGGCGCAAGUUUCCUGGGCCUCCCUCUGACUUCUGGGCGCCAGAUCCGGCCAUGCCCCCAUCCUGGCUGUUGGGGGUAGCCUGAGCCCACCUUGCUGGCCUGUUCCCUUCAGCCAGCAGUGGCUUCUGUAAUAAAGUUAAACCUGUC